UCUUGUGAUACGUUGAGAAAUGCGGAACCAGAGCAGUGUCAGGGGCUGCGAGAGGAGAGUCCGCUUUGAAUGGGAGACACAGAGGAGGCGGCUGUUGUGACUGAACUCGAGACGACUGCACCUGCAGCAAUGAGACCCGCGACCCGCUCCCUGCUGUGACCCCGUGUGACUAGCGCUGAGUACGAGGCAGGAGUGGUCGGAGAGUGAGGAGGGGAUAUCAGGAGAGUCGGCGGACAGCAUGGCGGAAGAAAGGAACAAGAGAGCCGUCACUGAGCUGGCGGGGAGACCGGGAAACACUGUGUGCGCUGACUGUGGGGCUCCAGAUCCAGACUGGGCAUCAUACACGCUGGGGUUGUUCGUGUGCUUAAGCUGUUCUGGAAUCCAUCGCAACAUCCCUCAGAUCAGCAGAGUGAAGUCUGUCAAUUUGGACCCCUGGGAUGAUGUGCAGAUUGAGUACAUGUCUUGCCUGGGAAACAAAGUAGCAGAAGCAAAAUAUGAGUCUAAAUUGCCAGCAUUCUAUUACAAACCCACCUCUUCUGAUUGCCAAGUUCUCCGGGAGCAGUGGAUCAGGGCCAAAUACGAGCGGAAAGAAUUCAUUCUGAUUGAGAAGCAGGAACCCUAUUCUGCAGGUUAUAGAGAAGGACUUCUCUGGAAGAGAGGACGAGACAACGGGCAGUUUCUAAGCCGAAAAUUUGUGCUAUCCGAACGGGAAGGAGCAUUAAAAUAUUUUAACAAAAAUGAUGCAAGGGAGCCCAAAUCUGUUAUGAAGAUUGAAUACAUAAACGCCACUUUCCAGCCGACCAAGAUCGGGAACCCAAACGGCCUACAAAUCACCUACCUGAAGGAUAACAGUACGAGGAAUAUCUUUGUGUAUCACGAGGAUGGGAAGGAGAUUGUAGAUUGGUUCAAUGCCAUCCGAGCUGCCCGGUUUCACUACUUACAAGUGGCCUAUCCCCUGGCCCGGGAUAUUGAGCUGGUGCCACAACUGACACGGAAUUUUCUGAAAGAAGGAUUCAUGGAAAAAACAGGUCCAAAGCAUACAGAAGGCUUUAGAAAACGAUGGUUUAUCCUGGACGGCAGAAGGUUGAUGUACUUCAAAGAUCCGUUGGACGCAUUUGCCAAAGGAGAGGUUUUUAUUGGGAGCACAGAGAACAAGUAUGAAGUACAAGAAGGACUUGCCAGCUCCACCCAGGGAAACCACUGGCAGUACGGCGUCACUAUAGUCACUCCCGAGAGGAGGUUCCUGUUUGCUUGUGAGACGGACACUGAUCGUGCCGAGUGGAUGGCGGCUUUCAGAACAGUUCUCAGCCGGCCGAUGCUCCCGCAGGAAUAUGCAGUGGAAGCUCACUUCAAGCAUAAACCGUAGAAGAAGGAUUGGCCCACGUCUGUUUACAAAUGCACAAGGUUUACAGCCAACAAAAAUUAAUUCACCUAAAUGGGGGAAAAAAAACCUCACUAGUAGUAAAAAGAAUGAAAACUCCAGUCCUGGUCGCUGGAAUACGUUUGGAUCUCCAUGUUUCACUACACUCGUUACAGGAGGUGCUAAGCCUGUGCCAGUAUUGUCUGUCUCCAGUGUCGGACUGGGAUACCAGGAAAACUCCCAGGUGUCAGUGGGCCUCUUGCUUCUAAUCAUUUGGCCUAUUUCAUGGUCAUGAAAAUACUUUGGUUUGUGCUACUGCCACAUAACAAAAAGUAUCUAUGGUACCACUCAACAAAUAAAUAUUAGAUAAGUAAAGAUACAAAAAUAUAUAAUAGAAAAAAUAAUAAUAAGG